UGGAUCCAGUGGUCUCAUCCCCAUCAGGAGUUCUCAAUGUCCUCUUCAGGUGUCGUCACUGUGAAGUUCUGAAGUCCAUGUGGCUGCUCACAGUGAACCAGGGGUUAAGGAAGAUGCAGAGACGUCACAGCAGCAACACAGACAGCAUUCCACCUGAAAGAGGCCGCAGCCAGGUGAUCAGCCCCGAGGCCAGUGUGGAUGAGGGUGGCGUGUUCGAGAGCCUGAAGGCAGAGUCAGCCUCCCCACCAGCGAUCUUCUCGGGCCUCCCCGCCAGCCCCUUCCCAGCCGGCCUGGUGCUGGGCUCUGGGGCCGGUGGUGGGGACGUGUUCAUCCCAAUGCCUGCGCCCCGGGAGGAGGCUGGAGGCCGAGGCAGCGAGGCCAGCACCUACCACCACCGCCAGCCCCACCACCACUUCCACCACGGAGGCCACCGCGGCUCACUCCUGCAGCACGUGGGUGCUGACCACCGUGGGCAUGGGGACGAAGGGGGUGACGAGCAGCCCGGCACACCUGCCCCAGCCCUGUCGGAGCUGAAGGCUGUGAUCUGCUGGCUGCAGAGGGGCUUGCCCUUCAUCCUUAUCCUGCUGGCCAAGGUGUGCUUCCAGCACAAGCUCGGCAUCGCCGUGUGCAUCGGGAUGGCCAGCACCUUUGCCUACGCCAACGCCACGCUCCGGGAGCAGGUCUCGCUAAAGGAGAAGAGAUCUGUGCUGGUCAUCCUGUGGCUCGUGGCCUUCCUGGCGGGGAACACUCUGUAUGUGCUGUACACCAGCCUAUGUGGGCGGCUCUCCAGCCAGGAGAACCACCACCUCCAUGGAGGUGUGGGGGAGGAAUGUGCAAAACCUCUGCAGGCCUUCCAUGGGAAGGUGGGCUUCUGUUCUUCACAAAUCAUAGGGAACCCAACAUUUGUGUCUGCUACGCCCCUGGGAGCUGCGGCUCCGGAGGAAAACCACAUUGCACAGGCUGCUGAUGCACUGGCUGCUUAG